AUUGUUUGAAUUUGAAAACGAAGACGCCUGCGUUCUGCUGUCGGGUCCGGAGCCGGGCCAUGUUGCAGAAUGGAAUCUAAUUUGAAUCAAGAUGGAGUGCCUAGACCAUCUUACGUUUUUAGUGCUGAUCCAGUUGCAAGGCCUUCAGAAAUAAAUUUUGAUGGCAUUAAGCUUGAUCUCUCUCAUGAAUUUUCCUUAGUUGCUUCAAACCCAGAGGCAAACAGUUUGGGAUCUAAAGAUUAUCUUCAAGUUUGUCUUCGGAUAAGACCAUUCACACAGUCAGAAAAAGAACAUGCAUCUGAGGGCUGUGUGCAUGUCCUGGAUUCACAGACCGUCGUGCUAAAAGAUCCUCAGAGUGUACUUGGCCGGUUAAGUGAGAAAAGCUCUGGGCAGAUGGCACAGAAAUUCAGCUUUUCUAAAGUCUUUGGACCAGAAACUUCACAGAAAGAAUUCUUCCAGGGCUGCAUUAUGCAACCAGUAAAAGACCUCUUGAAAGGACAGAGUCGGCUAAUCUUUACUUACGGGCUGACCAACUCAGGAAAAACAUACACAUUUCAAGGCACAGAAGAGAACGUUGGCAUUUUGCCUAGAACUUUGAAUGUGCUAUUUGAUAGUCUUCAGGAAAGGCUGUAUACCAGGAUGAACCUCAAACCUUAUAGGUGCAGGGAAUACUUGCGGUUAUCAUCAGACCAAGAGAAAGAAGAAAGUGCUAGCAAAAGUGCAUUACUUCGACAAACUAAAGAGAUUACUAUACAUAAUGACAGUUAUGAUACUCUUUGUGGAAGUUUAACCAACUCUUUGACUAUCCCAGAGUUUGAAGAAUCCAUUAAAAAUAGUGAACAAGCUAACGUCAGUAUGGAUAAUAUAAAAUUUUCUGUAUGGAUUUCUUUUUUUGAGAUUUACAAUGAAUGUGUUUAUGACUUGCUUGUUCCGGUAUCAUCUAAAUUCCAAAAGAGAAAGAUGCUACGCCUUUCCCAAGAUGUAAAGGGCUAUUCUUUUAUUAAAGAUCUGCAGUGGAUUCAAGUAUCUGAUUCCAAAGAAGCAUAUCGACUUUUAAAGCUAGGAGUAAAACACCAGAGUGUGGCCUUCACAAAGCUCAACAACGCCUCCAGUAGAAGCCACAGCAUAUUCACUAUUAGAAUUUUACAGAUUGAAGAUUCUGAAGUGCCUCAGGUCAUUCGAGUCAGUGAAUUGUCUUUGUGUGAUCUUGCUGGUUCAGAACGAAGCAUGAAGACACAAAAUGAAGGUGAAAGGUUGAGAGAGACUGGGAAUAUCAACACCUCUUUAUUGACUUUGGGAAAGUGUAUAAAUGUUUUGAAGAAUAGUGAAAAGUUAAAGUUUCAACAGCAUGUGCCUUUCCGGGAAAGUAAACUGACACACUAUUUUCAAAGUUUUUUUAAUGGUAAAGGGAAAAUAUGUAUGAUUGUCAAUAUCAGUCAGUGUUGUUUUGCCUAUGACGAAACACUUAAUGUAUUGAAGUUCUCGGCCAUCGCUCAAAGGGUUUAUGUUCCUGAUAUUUUAAAUUCUUCUCAAGAGAAAUCUUGUGGAUCCAUCAAAUCUUCUCAAGAUGUCCCAUUAGACAAUACUUUGGAUAAUAAAAUAUUAAAUGUAAAAAGAACCACGAUAUCAUGGGAAAAUAGCCUAGAAGAUCUGGCUGAAGUUGAAGAUUUGGUUGAGGAUUUAGAAAAAGAUGCAGAAAAGCAAAAUGUGGAAACUGAACUUACUGAAGAAGAUCUGGAUAAAACAGAAGAAUACAAGGUUUCCAAAAGCCAUGAGAACACAAAGCUAUUGGAUUUAAUAGAAGAUUUGAAAAACAGACUAAUAAAUGAAAAGAAAGAAAAGUUAACAUUGGAAUUUAAAAUUCGAGAAGAAGUUACACAGGAAUUUACUCAAUAUUGGGCUCAACGGGAAGCUGAUUUUAAGGAAACGCUCCUUCAAGAACGAGAGAUAUUAGAAGAAAAUGCUGAAUGUCGAUUGGCAAUCCUUAAGGAUUUGAUGGGUAAAUGUGACUCCCAAGAUGAAGCAACAAGUGGAAUUUAUUCCAGGAAAGUUGAAACCAAAGAAGCACAUAAUUAUGUAGGAUUUGAAGAUAUUAUUGGUUCUCUUCAAGAUGAUGUCAUUGGUAUUAAGAAACAGGCUGAGCUUGCUCACUUAUACAUUGCAUCUCUUGCUGAUUCCCAGGAAGCCAUUGCUUGCUUGCAACUAAAGUUUAAUCAAAUUAAAGCUGAAUUAGCUAAAACUAAAGAAGAAUUAAUUAAAACACAAGAAGAGCUGAAGAAAAGAGAAAAUGAAUCAAAAUCAUGGCUUCAGGAACCCAAGGCAGCUAAUAAGGUUGAUACAUCUUUAGUCGUCAGUAAAUCAGCUUGUAGUGAAGCAGUUGGAAUGCCUAAGAGCAGUAGGACUGAAGCCUAUUCAGAAAGAAAAAGACUAAGUGAAAGUGAACUUCAACAAGAUGAGCCACCGGUGAAAAAAGGAUUUAUACUUGUUACUUCAGUUACCACUGAAGAUCAAGCAAAAAGGGGAGAAAUACAACAGACCAUUUCACAAGGUGUAGAAGACAUUAGAGUUUUACAAGAGACCAGCGAAGAGCUGAAAUCACACUUGCUUCUUGUUGAGAAUGAACUUAAAAGUGAAAUUGCAGAAAAAGUAGAAUUAAAUAAACAGAUUGUUAGUCUUCAGCAGGAACUUGCCUCUUAUGAAAAAAAGAGUUCAGCUUCAAGUACCGAGGUCCAGCAAAUCCAGGCCAGUUAUGAGAGUGCAAUUGCUGAGUUACACGUGCAGAAAGGUGUGAAUCAAGAGCAGGAGGAAAAGAUCAGGAAGUUGUCAGAGGAGGUAGAAGCUGCUGCCAGAAGCAUCAGAAACAACAUUUCCCAAAUAAAAUUAAUGCAAGCAAUAAUAGAUAAACUACGUUCACUUGAUUCAGCUUCUCAGAUAUCAAACAUAGACUCACUUAAUCUCCAUGAUCUGUCAAAUGGUUCUCAGGAGGAUAAUUUGCUGAAUGCACAAUUCCACCUUUCGGGUGAUGACAUUUUGUUAAGUAAGCAGGUUCAAGAGCAUCACAUUCAAGAACUCAAUAAGGAAGGUUAUUUCCACUCUAGUAUCGAAGCCAUUUGGGAAGAAUGUAAGGAGAUUCUGAAGGCUUCCUCAAAAAAAAGUCACCAGAUUAGGGAAUUAGAACAACAAAUUGAAACCUUGCAGGCAGAAGUAAAAUGUUGCAAGGAUGAAAACAAUGAGUUGAAAGCAAAAGAGAGGGAAGAGAAAAAUCAAGAGGACCUACUGCAGGAGAGAGACCGUCUUAUUCAGCAGUUUAAAGAAGAGAUGCAAGAAAAAGAUGCUAGGCUUGAUGUUCAAGUCCAACUUGUGGGUGAAGGAAAGAAAGCUCUUUCAGAGCUUACCCAAGACGUUACUUCCUAUAAGGCAAAAAUAAAGGAACUUGAAAUAAUGUUAGAGACUAAGAAAGAUGAAUGUGGAAAUUUAGCUAAGUUACAGGAGGACAUUUUGGAAAAGGAAUCUAUCAUCUUAAAGCUAGAAGGGUAUCUGGAAGAAUCUCAAGCAAAUCUCCAGGAUUCCAUCAAAAACACCAGAGAUUUAAAGGAAAAGGAUUUCAAACUGAAAGAAGAAAUCACACAAUUAACCAUUAAUUUACAAGAUGUGAAAAAUUCACUUCAGUUAAAGGAAGAAGAACAAGAAACUAAUAUGCAAGAAACAGAAAGGUUGACAGAGGAGCUGGCUGCAAGCUCAGCUCUUAUUCAGAAUCUCAGAGCAGAUCUUGAAAGGAAGGAAGAAGAUUAUGCUGAGCUGAAAGACAAACUCACUGAUGCCAAAAAGCAGAUUGCACAGGUACAGAAAGAGGUUGCCGUGAUGCGUGAUGAAGAGAAAUUAUUGAGGAAUAAAAUUAAUGAGCUGGAGAAAAAGAAAAACCAGUAUUCUCAGGAAAUAGAUAUGAAACAACGAACCAUUCAGCAACUCCAGGAUCAGUUAAGUAAUCAGAAGGCAGAAGACACCAUACAGCAAUAUGAGAAAGUGUGCAAAGAUCUUAGCAUGAAAGAGAAGAUAAUUAAGGACAUGCGCAUGACCCUGGAAGAGCAAGAACAAACUCAAGCCGAACAAGAUCAAGCCCUUGCGGCCAAGUUAGAGGAAGCUGAAUGGCUGGCCUCAGAACUGGAAAAAUGGAAGGAAAAAUGCAAUGAUUUGGAAAGCAAAAGUAAGCAAAGAUCAAAUAAAGAACCUGAGGAUUCCCCAGAUAUGCUCAGCGAAAAGCUUAGGAAACUUCAAGAUGAGUUACAGGACUCUGAAGAGAAAUACAAAGCAGAUAGAAAAAAGUGGCUAGAUGAGAAAAUGAUGCUUAUUGCUCAGGCAAAAGAAGCUGAGAAUUUGCGAAACAAAGAGAUGAAAAAAUAUGCUGAAGACAGAGAACGGUGCUUGAAGCAGCAAAACCAAGUGGAAGUGCUGACCGCACAGCUGGCAGAGAAGAACGAUGACCUUCAGAAGUGGAGAGAAGAACGGGAUCAACUGGUUACAGCAUUAGAGAGAGAGCUGAAAGCACUCAUCUCCAGUAACAAACAGAAGGAUAUUGAAAUUGAACAGUUAAAAAACAUCACAUCAGAGACUUCUGAAGCAGAAAAACAAACCAUGAAUCUCAAGCCUGGACAUACUAGUUCAGCAGAUCAAGGUGCCGUUGAAACUGAACCUCAGUCAUCAGCAAGCUUUGAAAUUUCCAGAGAUGAAAUGGAGGAUGGAUCUGUAGUUCUUGACUCGUGUGAAGUGUCAACAGAAAAUGUACAAAGUACUCGAUUUCCAAAACCGGAAUUAGAGAUUCAGUUUACACCUUUGCGGCCAAACAAAAUGUCAGUGAAACGCCCUGGUUGUGCCACACCAGUCACAGUUAAGAUUUCCAAGGCCCGGAAGAGGAAGAGUAAUGAAAUGGAGGAGGAGUUGGUGAAAAGUGAAAAUACGAAGAAUUCUACACCCAGGAUUAAUUUGAAGAUCCCUGUUUCGGCGCAUAGAAAUUCUUCAAUCAAAAAGGAACAAAAGGUUUCCACACGCCCAUCAUCUAAGAAAACAUACUGUUUACGGAGCCAGGCACCCACAAUUGGUCCAGAUGUGGCAGCUAAGAAAAAAGAAGGGACCCUACAAAAAUUUGGGGACUUUCUACAACUUUCCCCAACAAUUCUUCAAUCUAAAGCAAAGAAGAUAAUUGAAACAAUGAGUUCCUCAAAGCUGUCAAAUGCAGAAGUCACUAAAGAAAACAUAUCACAACCAAAAAGAGCCAAACGGAAAUUAUAUACAAAUGAAAUUUCAUCUCCUAUUGAUAUAUCUGGCCAAGUGAUUUUAAUGGAGCAAAAAGUGAAAGAAAGCGAUCACCAAAUUCUCAAACGACGACUUCGCACAAGAAUGGCCAAAUAAGUCUCUUAUUCAUAAUCACUGUAACUUGUAUCUUGACUUUUUGUAUAUAUUAUGUAAUAAAUGCUUCUGUAUAGAUUGCUAUUUUAUAUAUGGUAUGAUUUUAAUUCAAUAAAUGAAUCAACAAUUUCAUACUUUA